UAAAUGAGCAGAAGACUUCAUUUUCAGGUGGAGUCAGUUCUUGCGGGGUUAUAAAUUUGCUGGGAGCAGGGAACGCAGCUGCUUUGCUGGAAUCUGAGCAAGCAUAAUGAGGGAAUGUCUGUCAAUCCACAUUGGCCAGGCGGGAGUCCAAAUGGGGAACGCCUGCUGGGAACUCUAUUGCCUGGAACACGGGAUUCAGGUUGAUGGCACCAUUCCCGGCAGCCAAGCUGCCCCGAAGAUCAUGCCCGAGGCCGAGCAGGUGGAUUCCUCUUUUGAGACGUUCUUCUGUGAGACGGCCUCCGGGAAGCACGUGCCGCGGGCGGUGUUCGUGGAUCUGGAGCCCACCGUCAUUGAUGAGAUCCGCACAGGGGCCUACCACUCCCUCUUCCACCCGGAGCAGCUGAUCAGUGGCAAAGAAGACGCUGCCAACAAUUAUGCCCGAGGCCACUACACCAUUGGAAAAGAAAUCAUUGACACCGUCCUUGGCAGGAUUCGCAAAAUGGCUGACCAGUGCAGUGGCCUUCAAGGUUUCCUGGUUUUCCAUAGCUUUGGUGGAGGCACAGGGUCAGGCUUCACUUCUCUUCUGAUGGAACGACUCUCAGUAGAAUACAGUAAGAAGUCAAAAUUGGAAUUCUCAGUGUAUCCUGCCCCCCAAGUCUCCACUGCUGUGGUGGAGCCCUACAACUCCAUUCUGACCACUCACACCACCCUGGAGCACUCAGACUGCUCCUUCAUGGUGGACAACGAGGCCAUCUAUGACAUCUGCAACCGAAACCUUGAUAUUGAACGUCCAACCUACACCAACCUUAAUAGGCUGAUUGGGCAAAUUGUGUCGUCUGUGACAGCUUCCCUGAGAUUUAAUGGUGCCCUGAAUGUUGAUCUGAUCGAAUUCCAGACCAACCUGGUGCCCUACCCCCGCAUCCACUUCCCCCUGACCACCUACGCCCCCAUCAUCUCGGCCGAAAAGGCCUACCACGAGCAGCUCUCUGUGCCAGAGAUCACCAACGCCUGCUUUGAGUUCUCCAACCAGAUGGUGAAGUGCGACCCUCGCCGGGGCAAGUACAUGGCUUGCUGCCUCUUGUACCGGGGAGACGUCGUGCCAAAGGACGUCAACGCGGCGAUCGCAGCCAUUAAGACCAGGAGGUCCAUCCAGUUUGUCGACUGGUGCCCGACCGGCUUCAAGGUGGGCAUCAACUACCAGCCCCCCACGGUGGUGCCUGGAGGGGACCUGGCAAAGGUGCAGCGGGCCGUCUGCAUGCUGAGCAACACCACGGCGAUUGCCGAGGCCUGGGCCCGGCUGGACCACAAGUUCGACCUCAUGUACGCCAAGCGGGCCUUUGUGCACUGGUACGUGGGGGAGGGCAUGGAAGAAGGGGAGUUUGCCGAAGCCCGGGAAGACCUGGCGGCCCUGGAGAAGGAUUACGAAGAAGUGGGGCGGGAUUCUGCUGAUGGAGAGGAGGAGGAUGCCGAGGAAGAGUUUUAGAACAACGUGUUUGCCGAAUCUGUGUGUAACCAGGCCAAGGUAAAGGAGGCCCCUCUGCCAUCCUACGAGAAGUAUUCAUUGUUUAGGGUCAGGAUUCUAAUGCCAUUUUUUAAAAAACUAUUUUUCAAUCUUCUAUAUUUCAAGGAGUAUAACACAUUGUUCUUCGUUAGAAUGCACCCCCUGUAGCCCUUUUUAUCUUCCUAGUUAGAAUUACAAAAAUUAACUCUUGAGUGAGGAUUUGGGAAUUUCUGGGGUUGUCAAAGGCAUUAUAUAUGGCUAUUGUAAAGUUUUCUGCACUGCUUUAACAAUCAUGUGGGGGAAAUCCCUCCAUAUUAUUAUGAGAUGCAAUAAUCUGCUUCUUUGUACUUCAUUAAACAGUUGAAUUGUU